GAAUUCAAAUAAACUGUUUGCACAUGCUUCCGAGUGAGCCAAGUUUAACGCAUUGAAGGGAUUAAUGAAUGUGUUAAUGGAAGCGCGGGGAAAAAUCUUUUUAAACACCCACGGUUUCGAAAUAGCCAGAACGGGAAACAUGAUUUUUUUCCCUAAGUGACCUGGGACAUUUGGAUACGUCACUGAUCGGCCGACGGCGGAGACGUCGAUUUGGAGUGAGACAUAGUAGACGAUUUCCAUCGGUGGCACAGGGUCCCGAACUUGACAGCUACAUACAGAAUGGCGACUGUAACCCCAGCACCCAACUUUGACAAGGAACAUGAUGUUCAAGCUUUGCGAAAAGCCAUGAAGGGCUUGGGCACGGACGAACAGGCUAUUAUCGAUAUCCUAACCAGACGGAGCAAUGCACAGAGACAGGAGCUGAUCGUUCAGUUCAAGAGCGCCUAUGGCAGGGAUCUUGUGAAGGACCUGAAGAGUGAACUCGGGGGCAACUUCGAGGACGCCAUUCUUGCCCUGAUGGAUCGCCCAGACGUGUACGACGCCAGAUGCCUCAAGAAAGCCGUGAAGGGUCUUGGGACUGAUGAGGACGUGCUGAUUGAGAUAAUGUGCGCCAGGAACAAUGCGGAAAUUAACGCCAUUAAAGCGGCUUACAAAUCUGAAUUUAAAUCGGAUCUGGAGAAAGCUCUGGCAGGUGAUACAAGCGGAGACUUCAAACGCGUUCUGAUAGGCCUCUGCACAGCCAAUCGGGACGAGUCGUCGGCGAUUGACGCUGGGAAGGUGCACGAUGACGCGGCGGCUCUCUGGGCGGCAGCCAAAGGUCUUGGCACUGAUGAGGCUGAGUUCCAGCGCGUCAUCGUGUCUCGAAGCAAGGAACACCUCUUGGCCGUCUUCCAAGAAUAUGAAAAGCUGGCUGGUAAAUCCAUUGAGUCCACCAUCAAGAGCGAAAUGUCUGGAAACCUUGAGCGUGCAUACCUCACCAUCGUUGCCUUUUUCCGAAGUCCUAUUCAGUUUUUUGCGGACCAGCUGUACAAGGCUAUGAAAGGAGCGGGAACAGACGAGAAACACCUGAUUCGCAUCAUUGUAUCCCGUUGCGAGGUUGACUUGGCGCACAUCAAAGUGGCCUACGCCGCCUCCCAUGGCAAGCCCCUGGCGGACGCCAUCAGGGGGGAGACCAGCGGCGACUUCCGGAAAGUCCUCCUCGCACUCGUCGGGCCGUAGAAGGCGUUGUGUUUUCAUGGCGGCCAGAGCUGUGCAUAAAGAGAGUAUUCAGAUUCAAAUUUUGGAAACAGCAUGGCUGUUCACGAUGUGAAAUAGAGUAUGUGGCUACUAUAUACUAACUGUCCUAGUGCACUGGCGGACACAUUUGUUUCUAACAAUCAUGACACUCAUGUCGCAACUCUCUCUAUGUACGGCUCUGUUGGGGGCGCUGUCAACCCUUCAAAUAGUUGGCGACGAGCACAGUAAGCAAUAUGGGGAUGCCUGGGAAACUUCUUUUAAAGUUAGUUCUUAGCGGGAUUUACGUGGGAAUUAUACAUUGCAAAAUAUAGUUUUAUGUACCCAGAAUCAAGUCAGUUUGAUUUGAAAGUACGUGUACACUGUUAAUGGAUUUAAAAGCCGUGAGUGCCUUUUUUGAAAUUCACUCAGAAACAAGGAAUACUUUUAUGUACUACAUUUAAAAUAUUUUUCAUGUACGCAGAGACAGGUAUCAUAGUUAAGAACAUAAUUGGCGUAACGGUUUAUAAAUGUCAACACCUUAGGCCUGUAGGCCUAAACGUUUUCUUGUGGAAAGGGGUUAAGUCUGUUGAUUAGUUUAUCCUAUACACGAGACAACGUUUGUUUCAAACCUACUUGUUUAUGUGUUUUGAGGUCCUUUUCAGAAUGCAAACUGUCUUCAAAUACCGUGGGCUGAAAAGAAAAGACUUUAAAAUUGUUCAAAGUGCUGUUUGGUAAGAGACUAAAGAAUGGCUGCUGAAUCUGCCACAAAUCCACGUUAAUUCAGUGCUCGAGAUUCAGAUGAUUUCUUUUCAAGUUCAGUCAAAUUCAGUGUACUUAGUACUUACUGCAAAAUUCCUUUAUGUCGGUGAUUCUCAGUACGACAACGCAACAUGGCACAGAAGACUUGACAGCAAAAGACUAGCCCACCAGCGUAGCACAGAUGGACCAAAAAGAUUAAGAGAAAGAUAUCACGAUUCGAUUCUUGUGUAUUAAAGACACCCUACACUGCUUGUUGGCGAAUUUACGCACAUAUCUACACCACCUGUGACUCGGCUUAAAAACGGUCCGAAACAUAUUUGACAGCAUAUACUCUUUUUAUACAUCUACGGGCAAAAAGGUAGUCUGUAGUGCAUAUAUUAGGCGACAAUAUCAAACGCUGGGUAAAAAGUGGUAGUACAGGUAACAUUUUCUACACUCGCUGGGUGAUAUGAAACAAGUUUGCUCAUAUUUUAGGAGAGAAUCAACGCGGUUGGGUAAUUUGCCGAACAGUUCGGCGAAUCACCUGAUCCAACGUUGGGCAAAACUUUUUCAGAGUAGUUACCACGUAAUCAUUUAUAUAUUUUAAAUAAAAGAACACUAAUGAUUACCCAUUAAAAUAGCUUAGGCGGAAUCCUUAUAAUAAAGCGGAGACGCCAAAACAAUUACAGAA